AUGGAGAACCCCUUCCUUCCCUCCACUCUGCCGCCAGCACCCAACCUCUCCGUGCCCAAUUCACCGGACUGGACUCUCAACCUGACGGCCGGGCAGGCGGCCCCAGCUCCGGGGCCACCACCGCCAACACCACCUCCAACGCCUGGAAUCUCCAGCCGCCGCGUCCGCCUGGUCUUGCUGGGAGCCAUUCUGGUGGUGGCGGUGGCCGGUAACACCACAGUGCUAUGGCGCUUGUGUGGUGGCGGCAGCGGUCCCUGGGCGGGUCCCAAGCGCCGCAAGAUGGAUUUCUUGCUGGUGCAACUAGCCCUGGCCGACCUGUACGCGUGUGGGGGUGCAGUGCUGGCACGGCUGGUCUGGGAACUACUGGGCGGUCCCCGCCCGACCACCGGAGACCUGUCCUGCCGCUUCGUGCACCUGCUGCAGGCGUCCGGCCGCGGCGCCUCGGCCCACCUCGUGGCCCUGAUUGCCCUCGAGCGCCAGCGCGCCGUGCGCCAACCACAGGGUCCGCCACUGGCCGCACGAGCCUUCGCCAUCCUGGGCUGGCUGCUGGCGCUGCUGCUGGCACUGCCCGCGGCCUUCGUGGUGCGCGCGAGCGACCCCUCGCCCAGGCCAGCCCCCUCGGCGUCCCCAGACACCCGUGCCCGGAUCGGAGUGCAUCGUUGCCACGGCAUCUUCACGGUCUUGCCGCGUUGGCACCUGCAGGUCUACGCGCUCUAUGAGGCUGUCGUGGGCUUCGUGGCGCCCGUCGCGGUUAUGGGCAUCGCCUGCGGCCGCCUGCUACACGUCUGGCGACAGCGCCAGUCCCAGGCCCCAGCAGCGGCGGCAGUGCCCUGGUCAGCGAGCCCGGCCCGAGUCCCCGUACCCAACACACUGCCCCGCGCCAAGGUGCAGAGCCUGAAGAUGAGCCUGGCACUAGCGCUGCUGUUUGCCGGCUGCGAGCUGCCCUACUUCGCAGCCCGGCUUGCAGCCGCUUGGUCAGCCCAACCCACCGGAGACUGGGAGGGUGAGGGUCUGGCAGCGAUGCUGCGAGUCCUGGGAGCGGCCACUAGCGCCCUCAAUCCCUUUGUCUACCUCUUCUUCCAGGCAGAGGACGGCCAGCUCCGGCGGCGGCUACGGAGACGCCUGGGCGCCGUCUGCGGCGCACGGGAAGCCGUCUUGGAGGAGAGCGAGGAUGCCCACGGCCACCAGGCACUCCACCGCCACCGCUGGCCGCACCCGCACUAUCACCACGCCCGCCGGGCGCAGGCGGACGAGGGCUGCGGCCGCCCACCCCCGCCGCGCCCCAGGCCGCUGCCCUGCUCCUGCGAAAGCGCCUUCUAG